AUGAGUGACGAAACGAACGGGGUUGCACCCCAAGGGUCGCCCGAACCUUAUGCCAUUGGUAUCUCGUUUGGAAAUUCGUACAGCUCAAUCGCGCAUAUUUCAGGCGAAGGCAAAGUUGAGGUCAUUGCAAACGAAGAAGGAGACCGACAAAUCCCGUCCAUCCUAUCUUACAUUGAAGGGGAGGAAUUUCACGGUACGCAGGCAAAGGCGCAGCUGGUGCGGAACAGCAAGAACACCGUCGCAUUCUUCAGGGAUUUCGUUGGCAAAGAGUACAAGUCCAUUGAUCCCACCCCGUGCCAUGCCUCCGCACACCCCAUCGAGGAAAAGGGCGAGAUCGCCUUUGCUAUUCGAGACACCGCAGACGGCGAAACCGAAAACAAAAUCCCCGUGUUGGAGAUUGCUGCACGUCAUUUGAGGCGUUUGAGGAAUUCGGCAUCCGACUUCACUGGCAGGACUGUAACGUCUGCUGUGGUCGCUGUGCCCACAGACACGAACGAGGAACAAAAGGCCGCUUUGACGAAAGCCGCUGCCAACAUCCAGGUGGAAAUCCUGCAGUUCAUGCCUGAGCCGAUCGCAGCCCUUCUUGCCUACGAUUCGCGGUCCUCAGAUGCCAGCAGCGCCGAUAAGAUCGUGCUUGUCGCAGACUUUGGAGGAAACCGAUCCGAUGUCGCCGUGGUGGCGUCAAGAGGAGGCAUGUACAGCAUCUUGGCCACUGCACACGACUACGAAUUGGGCGGCACCCAACUGGACCAGGUUUUGGUUGACCAUUUUGCCAAGGAGUUUGAGAAAAAGCACAAGUCCGACCCGCGCAAGAACGAGCGGAGCCUGGCCAAGCUGAAGCUCGAAGCUGAAGCAGUCAAGAAGGGUCUCAGCCAGAGCAACAGCGCCACUUUCAGCGUCGAAAGCCUGGCAGACGGCAUCGAUUUCAGGUCGACGGUCAACAGGACCCGGUACGAAAUUCUUGCCUUAAAGACCUUUGGACGGUUUACCCGACUUGUCGAGGAAGUGAUCAAGAAAGCUGGACUGGAUGUGAUGGAUAUCGACGAGGUCAUCAUGUCCGGCGGCACGUCUCAUACACCCAAGAUUGCGAAGAACAUCGAAGCACUAUUCCCGGAGUCGACACAGGUCCUCGCCCCAGCCACGACACCCACAGCACUGAACCCUUCGGAGUUGUCGGCAAGAGGAGCCGCUCUGCAAGCAUCCCUGAUCCAAGAGUUCGAGAAAGAAGAUAUCGAUCAAUCAACGCAUGAGAUGGUCACCGUCACGCCUCACCUGUCCGCCGCCAUCGGCUAUCAAAUAACAGGCCAGCCUGACGACGUGCUCAACGUGAUCAUCCCACCCGACACGGCCGUCCCGGCUCGAAGAACCAGAGUCAUCGAGGGUCUCAGUGGCGAUGUUGUCUUCCGAAUCAGCGAAGGCGAACGCGAGAUCGUAGUCACCCACCCAGAACCUAAGACGAAACCCGCCACCAACGGAACGAAAGCGACAGUCGAAGAUGACGACGACGACGACGAAGACGAUGAUGACGAAGAUGAUGACGACGAGCCUGAAGAAAUCCGCGAGAAAGUCUGGCGGCCCAAACGGCCGUUGGGGGAAUUUGUCUUCCGGGGCCUGAAGAAGGGGUCCAAGAUCGAGGUGAUGGUCAACGUCGACGCGGAGAUGGCGGUCUCAAUCGCGGCGCGGGAAAUAGGUGGCAAGGGAGGCAUUCGAGGGGAAAUCAAGGCGUCAGAGACGACACAGCAGAACGGAAGCGCUUGA